AUAGACUGCACUGUUUGGGACCAGAUCCACGACACCAAACCAGCUGGAACUACAUCAAGAAAAGUUUGUGAAGUUUUCAAUUUUUUGUAACUUUUUCCACUUUCCACGUUAUUUCCCAUUUUUAGUUUCUGCUGUCAAACAAUGGCCAAUGCGGGUAUACAGCUCCUUGGCUUCACGCUGGCCUUCCUGGGCUUCAUUGGCUCGAUAGCAUCCACGGCCAUGGUGGAAUGGAAAGCUUCAUCCUAUGCAGGAGACAACAUCAUCACAGCUCAGGCGAUGUUUGAAGGGCUGUGGAAGAGCUGUGUAUCGCAGAGCACCGGGCAGGUCCAGUGUAAAGUGUAUGACUCACUUCUCCAGCUACCAGGGAUUGUACAGGGCACGAGAGGGCUGAUGCUGGCCUCCGUCUUGCUGAGCUUUAUUGCUAUGUUGGUGGAGGUGGUGGGCAUGAGGUGCACCACCUGUAUGGCAGGAGAACCACAGCAGAAGGACAAAGUGGCUCUAGCUGGAGGAGUUAUCUACAUUAUUGCCGGUCUGCUUGCUCUGGUGGGAACGUCCUGGUACGGCCACAGAAUAGCGCAGGAAUUCUAUGACCCGUUCACUCCCACUAAUUCCAGGUAUGAAUUUGGAAGCGCCCUGUACGUCGGAUGGGGAGCCGCCUGUCUCACCAUCAUAGGGGGAGGCUUCCUCUGCUGCAACUGCUCCAGCGAUGGCUCAGGGAAAUCUCCACGCUACCCACCAACCCGCUCUGCAGGCCCAUCAGGCGGGGACUACGUGUAGGACGAUCGCUCCAUCCGUCUGAUGCUGAGCGUGAACUCUGUCCUUGCAGGGAUCUCUCCUUGCUUGGUGUUUGCAACAUGUAUAUUUGCAGGUGUUAUAUUUGGUGUAUGUUUAUAUUUGUUGGGAAAUACACUCCGUUCUCUCUGAGUCCCCAAAAACUAGAAAGGUUUAGGAUCCCUUAAAUUUGUCACUGAAGAGAUGUGCUGAGCCAGGAUACUUGACAGCUUAACAACGAUUAUUACAGAUGACAGAACAGUAAAAUAACUAAACAAUAACGUCACUUAAAAUGAAAUAUUAUGAACAUCAUAAAAAAUAUCUUCAGAUCAAAAAUCUGUUCGGAACACCUCAGCAUGUUUCUUUCAACAACACAAUCUUUGGAUCACAACUUUUAUCCAGUUAGUAUAAAUCUACUCAGGGUUUGGCUGUUUUAUUUUUUUUCACUGUGUUUGCAAUCUUGACAUUAUUCUUUCACAUUAUCUAAAAUAAAAUCCUCAUUACUUUUC